AUGGCCGCGUCCACCCUGUCCGUCUGCUCCAGCGACCUGAGCUAUGGCAGCCGCGCCUGCCUGCCCGGGUCCUGCGACUCCCGCACAGACUCCUCCUGGCAGGUGGACGACUGUCCAGAGAGCUGCUGUGUCCCCACCUGCUGUGCCCCCAGCUGCUGUGUCCCCACCUGCUGUGUCCCCAGCUGCUGCCAGCCCUCCUGCUGUGCCCCCACCUCCUGCCUGACCCUCACCUGUGCCCCAGUGACCUGUGUGUCCAGCCCCUGCUGCCAGGCGGCCUGUGAACCCAGCGCCUGCCAACCAGCCUGUACCAGCUCCUGUACCCUCUCCUGCUGCACCUCCUCCCCCUGCCAGCAGGCCUGCUGUGUGCCCAUCUGCUGCGGGCCUGUCUGUUGUACAUCUGUGUGCUGCACACCUGCCUGCUGCACACCCUCCUGCUGCACACCCUCCUGCUGCACACCUGUCUGUUGCACCCCUGUCUGCAGCAAGCCUGUGUGCUGUGUGCCCAUCUGCUCUGGGGCCACCUCGUGCUGCCAGCCCACCCCCUGCAUCCCAUCCUGCUGCGGACCCUCCUCCUGCGUGUCCCUCAUCUGCCGCCCCGUGUGCAAGCCCGCCUGCUGCGUGCCCGCCUCCUCCUGCUGUGCCCCCUCCUCCUGCCAGCCCAGCUGCUGCCGCCCAGCCUGCUGCAUCCCUGCCUCGGCCCAGAAGUCCUGCUGCUGA